AUGAAUUCAAAAGAAUAUGAAAAAUUUUUGAGUAUGUACAUUGAUAAAGUAACAUUGCUAUCCAAAAAACCUUCUAACAAUGAAAAUGAAGAUGAUAAAAUAGGAUUAGAAAAAUAUGAAAACUGUUCUUAUGUAUCUUGCAUUUGUGGUGUUACUAAAUCUAAAUGGUCAUCAAAAUAUUCAACUUUUAAGUGUCAAGAAUGUGGAAUACUUCAACAUUCAAAAUGCCUAAGUUAUAAUACUAGUAAUACUCUUUUCCCAAACCCAGUUUUAUGUUGCCAUUGUAGUGUUAAUUAUUUCACAUAUGAGUCAGGUGCUACUCUUAUUAUAACCCCAAAUUCCAUAUCUGGUCAAUGGAUCAAAGAAUUUGAAAAACAUGUCAAUGACCCUACUUUACAAAUUAUGUUUUAUAAGGGGGUUCAAAGUGGUUUUACUUAUCCGGAAAUUUUAGCCAAACAAGAUAUAAUUAUUACGACUUAUGAAAUCCUGAUGAAAGAGUUAUCUCACGCUAAUCUGCCUCAUGCUAACUCAUCGUGUUACACCAAAUUCCGCUCUCCCAAGAAAUUUUUCCCAGCCCCUAGCCCAUUAACAUGCAUUUAUUGGUGGCGUAUAUGUCUGGAUGAAGCCCAAAUGAUUGAAAAUAAGGUUUCCAAAACAGCAAAGAUGGUCAGCCAAUUGAAAGCUUGGCACAAAUGGUGUAUAACUGGAACGCCAAUUCAAAAAGAUAUCGAAGAUCUUUACGGACUGAUAACGUUCUUGGAUAUUCAGCCAUACAGUGAUAGAACUAUUUGGGAAGAGGGUGUGAUAAAAAGAUUUUGGGAUGGAACUCCUGAUGGGCAGGAUACUUUUUUAAAGUUAUUUUCUCGUAUCUUAUGGCGAACUUUUAAAUCCGAUGUUAUGGACCAGAUUGGUUUGCCACCUCAACAUGAAGAUGUAGAAUUGUUGACAUUUUCUCCAGUUGAACAGCACUUUUACCACAGACAAUAUUUAGAAUGCAGCGGCACCACGCUUAAAACGCUUAAAGAUUACUACGAAAAAAAUGUUAACACGGUGAACGACAUUUUCGAAGUUAGAAACGAUAUAAUAACCCAUGAUAAAUUGCCAGAAAACUUUAUGCUGGGAAAGUUAGAUCAUUCGAUAAUUAGUAAGAUUAUGGAUCCCUUGAUUAAGUUAAGACAAUCAUGUUGUCAUCCCCAAAUUGUAAUAAACAAAAGCAACCGUCAAACCAGGAUGAAACGCAUUGGAAAAAGAUCCAGGAGAAUUGGUCGGAAAAGUGAUAACACUCACAGCAUAGUAAUGGAAGACGAUAGUUAUCAAUACAAAAAAAUUAUGACAAUGGGAAAUAUCUUGGAAUCGCUGAUUAAGAAGUCUAGAGUAGAAUGCCAAGAAAUUCACAGAUCCAUCAUAUCAUCUUUAAACGGUUUUAGCGGCAUAGAAAUGAUCAAAGGCAAUUACGACUCAGCCGUUACGACGUAUUCCAAAGUUUUUACUUCCUGUCGCUUAUACGGAGAUAAAUUAAAAACCGAUGCCUUGCAAAGGAUACAUGCUUGCGUUAAUUUGAAGGAGGCUCUUAAUAUGUUGAACAGCUUGAAUGGACCUGUUAACCUGGAUAGGGAUGAUUUCACAGAUAAUGAUGAUAAACCUAAAUUGGAUAUAUCAAAUAAUUUGGCAGAUGAAGGAAAAGAAGGGGCUGAUAAACCUGACCCAUUGUUGGAUGUUAAAUUUUUGGAUUCCGAGUACCAUAGAUUAAGAGAAGAAUACCUUCAAAAGUUUGAAACCGAGAUAAAAGCAAAGAGUUCAAGACUCGAUAACAUCCAUCUUAGUUUAAACGCGAAUCAAUAUUUUAAGUUCGAUUAUCGCAAAGCUUUUGAUACUACAAAUUCUGGAUAUGAUAAAUUUUUUCAUUGGUUUCUUGAAUUUAUGGUGGAUGAAAACAAUUCAAGUUUUAACGAAGAGAUAGCCUACAAAUUUAAGACUGAAAAGUUGUUUCAGAAUCGUUCCUACUGCUUGGAUCUUAUUUAUGAAGACGAAAAUCAACUUUCAUUGAAAACUUAUCGGUACAUAAUGUUACACGCUCUCCAGAAACUAUGCUCUACUCGCCAGCAUUUAUUGACUAGAUUAUUAUCACUCAAAGAUAGAUAUCCAAACAAAUGUGAUAUUAAUACUGCAACGGAAUGCCAUCUCCGAUUGCCUGCGGAAGAUAUCGAUUCGAUCGAAACAACUGGAACUAAAUCGAAAAUGAGUUCUUUUGAGCUGAGUGGUGGUAUUAAAAAACGCAAAAAAUUUAAAAUUUGCGAGUAUUGCCUUUUAGAAGAAAAUUUUUCACAAUACGAAUCCCAAUUAUUUUUAUCCACAUCAUCCUUUUCUGGCACGACAGAAAUUGAUAAUACCAGCAGUUCAGAAAAUGAAGAUGACCGGCAAAAAAAGCUUAGCAAGGGAGUAUGGAAAGAGAGCCACCUUGAAAGAGCUCUAAAAAUAAUGGCCCCAUAUCACGCGAAGCUCGGCGGCAAUGAAGAAGGGGGCCGCGAUAAAAUUUCUUCUUCUCAUUUAAAAUGGUUCGAACUAGUGAAGAGAGAAUAUAAGAUUCUGCACGAACUUUUGAUAGCACUAAGACAUAGAAUAGCAGCUCUAGAUGAACUUGAAAUAGCUAUUACUCGUUUUCAAUUAGAUGAAACAUUACUGAAUGAUAAAACAUUGUUUAAAGAUAGCAAGAAGCCUUUAAAUGUUGUAAGUCCAUACGAACUCGAUGUAUUGAUGGAGGAAUUACAAGCUUCAUUGGGGAGCGGAGAAAAUGCUUUAAAGAAGAAAUUAGGUCAUCUUUAUUAUCUCGAAAAUUUGCAGAAGCGCAAUAUUUCCAAACAGUCUAUGCAACAUAUUCCCCUCAACAAUGAAUUAUUAGUGAAUACUGAAGAAAAAACUACAUCCACAUCAAAAACCUCCAACAAUCUCGAAUCAGAUCAUCAAAUGAUUUGCCCAGUAUGCUUAAAAUCGCUUGAUUUCGAAUGGAACGUCUUAAUAUGUGGCCAUAGCCUGUGCAUUGAAUGCGUCAAUUCUUUCACGAAACAAAAACACAAUUUAGUCAGCGCCAAGAAAUUAAAGUGCCCAAUUUGUAGGGAAUGCACACUGGUUAACGAAAUAGCUUGGGUGAACGAUUCGAAAGCCAACACCGAUAAAUCCGGAAGCAAUGAAGAAAUUAAAGGAAGUUAUUCAACUAAAAUUACCAGCAUUGUAGCCAAGCUCAAACAAAUUCAAAGGGUCGAGUCCGCAGUCAAAAGUCUCAUAUUUUCGUCUUGGAAAGAAAUUUUGAUCAUACUAGAACAUGCCUUGGAUAACAAUGAAUUGAAACACACACACCUUUUUACCAAGAAAGAUUUUGAGACUAACUUAGCCAGAUUUAAAGAGAGCAACGACACGAAUAUUCUAUUAAUUCCCUUUAAUCAUGGGGCCAAAGGUUUAAAUAUAACGGAAGCAACUCAUGUGUUUUUGAUGGAACCCGUUUUAAAUCAAUCUAUCGAGGCUCAAGCUGUUAAUAGGGUCCAUAGGAUCGGGCAAAAUAAGAUAACCUACGUUCACAAAUUCAUAAUAAAAGGAACAAUCGAAGAAAAAAUUAUAAAUUUGGCCAAUCACAUAAAAGAUAGAUUUGAUUAUAAAGGCAAGGAAGGCUUUAAUUUAACUUUAAAUCAAAUAUAUUCACUAUACAAAAAUGAUGAUUGUAAUUAAUUUAUAAAUUUUAUUAUUAUCUAAUUUAUAUUAUGGUAUAAUUAUUACAAUGCGUAAAU